AGGAGGAGCGUGGCUAGUCUGGAGAGGGUACCUGGGGCGGAGGCAAAGGCGGAGGCAGAGGCGGAGGAGCUUUGAAAGAAGCUUAAGUGAAAAUGGUACAUGUUAGAAGACACGAAACAAGGAAAAAUUCUAAAACUCAAGAGCAUGAGCAGAAAUCUCGAGUUGAUUGGAGGCGGACUAAAAGAAGUAGUAUUUCACAGUUAUUUGAUAGUGAUGAAGACCUUAAUAGUGAUGAAGACCUUGACAGUGAUGAAGAGCUUGACAGCGAUGAAGAACUUGAUAGUAACAAGGGGUUCGAUAGUAAUAAAAAGCCUGAAAAUGAAAGAAAACUUAGAUUAAUUGAAGUUGAAAGUGAAGGUAGUAGUAACUGUGAGCAUCUCAUGAACACUGGCAACAGUUCAACAUAUGAAGAAGAAAAUAACAAAAACAAACCUAGAAGUACUGACUCACCAGAUCAUGAAAAGCAUUCCAGUCAAGAGGAUGACGAUCUCAACAAACACACUGGACAGAUAAUAGAGGAGGAUUUAGAAGAAGAACACAUCAAGCGAGGGAAGAGAAAAAGGAUCUCCUCUGUUAUGUACGACAGUGAUGAGAGUGACAGCAGUGAUAUCCUAGUUCGAAAAGUAGGUGUUAAACGUCCACGUAGAGUGGUUGAAGAUGAAUGUUCUUCAGUAGAGAUGGAGCCAAAAACACCUGAAAAAACUUUAGCUGCAAGAAAGCGAGAACAAUUCCAGAAACUCAAAGAACUCUCAAAACAAAGAUCUCGUCAGAGACGCAAUAGUAGUAGAGAUUUUGAGGACUCUGAAAAGGAAUCCUGCCCAAGCAGUGAUGAAAGUGAUGAGGAGGAGGAAGAAGAUGAUUAUGAAUAUGAUGAAGAUGGAGAUGAUUAUAUUAUUGAUGACUUUGUAGUUCAAGAUGAGGAGGGUGAUGAAGAGAAUAAAAGCCAGCGAGGAGAAAAAUUGACUACAUCACAACUGAAAUUAGUAAAACAGAAUUCUCUUUAUUCUUUUAGUGACCACUAUACUCACUUUGAAAGAGUUGUGAAGGCUCUUCUGAUCAAUGCUUUAGAUGAAUCUUUUCUGGGAACAUUGUAUGAUGGCACCAGACAAAAAUCAUAUGCACAAGAUAUGUUGACAUCUCUUCAUUAUUUGGAUAACCGCUUUGUUCAGCCUCGUCUAGAGAGUUUAGCUUCUAGAAGUCGUUGGAAAGAGCUAUAUAAGGAGCGGGUAGAAAAUUAUUCUAAUGUAAGUAUCCAUUUGAAGAAUCCUGAAAAUUGUUGCUGUCAAGCUUGUGGAUUGCAUCGCCACUGCAGAUACUCGGUGCAUUUAUCAGGAAAGUUGUAUAACACCAGGACUAUGGAAACAGACGAUUUCAUGUCACAUGAUAAACAGGUGUUUACUGUUGGCAGAAUUUGUGCUGAUCGUACCAGAAUUUAUCACAAACUGAAACAUUUUAAGUUCAAGCUGUACCAGGAAUGCUGCUCCAUUGCAAAGACAGAAGAAGUUGAGGAUGAACAGGUUAAAGAAACAGUGGAAAGAAUUUUCAAUCAGUCAAAAGAAAGUGGCUGGAUUAAGGAGAAAUAUGGUCAACUUCAAGAAUAUCUAAAUUUGGCGGAUUACUUUCAAGAUGAGAAGUUUGACUGAAUUGUAACACAUUUCCUUCAGAGAAGAUUUUAUAAAUACCUGUAAAUGUGAAGAUCAUGAGUCUUGUUUCUCUGUAUCAUGUGACAUUUUUUAUAAAUUUUAUGUGUAUUUUCAUGGCAAAUAUCUUGUUUAAAACAUAUGUUCAUCUUAAUUUCCAUGAAA